UAGUGGUCAGCAGGUAUUUUAAAACUUGGUCUAAACAUCUUUGUCAGAGACAGUUUUUUCCCCUCUGAAAACAUAUACGAACAUUUCUUUGCAACCAUGAGACUGUGGUCCACAUGUUUGAUAUUUGUGUGCGCGGUCGCUAAUGUUGUUGCUUUUCCCAGAAAGGCAAACGUUGACAAAAGGUGGCAUUUCCUUGUACCUGUUUUGCAAGCAAAACCACCCGCAACACAAACAUUAGAAGGAAAUCUAUGGCCUCCCGAAUUAAUGGAAUUAACCUCCUUGUACGCCAAAUGUCAGGAAAUGGGGCUUUUCGCGAGGGCUAAUCCUAGCAAAGGAACGGAUGCGGAAAUGGAAACACAUGGGGACAUUGGAACUGAUCCGGACAUGGGAAUGGAACCGGGCAGUGGAAACGAACCGGGAAGUGGAAACGAACCGGGCAGUGGAAACAAACCGGACAGUGGAAACGAACCGGGCAGUGGAAACGAACCGGGCACGGGAAUGCUAGAACUUGCUUGCGAACAAUUGUCAAGAGAGAUAAAAGACAUGAAGGAACAUGCACAACAUAUUAAUAAAGUUGCGAAGUUAUGCACAGCGCAGAGGAUCGUCUGGAACAUUUGCUCGGUAUGGUAAAUGACCAUCGCGUAUUGGAGUUUGUGAAGGCUCUUCAAUGGACAUUCAUAUCAUUGACGUAGAAGAUGCUAUUUGGGAGUUUAAACAAUGAUUCUUUGUCUGGACAAACGUUGUUAAAACAGUUUCGAUAGAUAUGUGUUACAGAUAAUAUCUUUUUUAAACCGUGUUAAAUGUUAACUGCUUCUUCCGUUUCAUUACAUGUGCAAACCGUUUAUAUCGUUGUUUCACAUGUGUAAGUAGUUUCAAUCGUUGUAUUACACAUGUAAACCGAUUAUAUCGUUUUAUUACAUAUGUAAACCGAUUAUAUCGUUGUAUUACAUAUAGUAAUUAAACAUAGACUACUUGU